AUGAAGCCUUCCAUGAUCCUUGUACCCCUCCUCGCCGGACUAGGCAUGGCAGGUGUUGUCAAGCAGAGAGACGAAUCCGUUGCAGAUGUGGCCAAGGUCGCGGACAGCAUCAACAACGCCAACGUUGCCGACAGUAUCGAUGUUGCCAAUGGGGAGGAAGUCGCCGAUGGCGCCGAAGUAUGCUGCAACACGACUCCCUGUUUUGGUGGGUGCUUCGUUAAUGGCGGAUGGGCGUACUCGGGGAAACACCAGUUCUGCUGCUAG